GUACCUCGUGCAAAGAUGUCCAAGGAAUUGCCCUUUGUCUUGCUCUUCCUAUAUCCGAUGCUGCUGUCAGGGGCUUGGUUUUCCAAAAGUUUACCUUGUGAUGUUAAAACCUCUGAAGGCACUGUGACAGUGGACUGCACCGAUCGGCGUCUCCUGGAAGUCCCCAGAGGGAUCCCUGCAAACGCUACCAACCUUACCCUGAGCAUUAACCAUAUCCCCCAUAUCAAUCCAACAUCCUUUGCUGGUCUUGAAAACCUCAUGGAGAUUGACUUCAGAUGUAACUGUGUCCCUGUCAGAAUGGGGCCCAAAGAUUGCGUGUGCAUCCGGAGACCAAAGAUUGAGAAUGGCAGUUUUGCUGCCCUGACAAGAUUGAGGUCAUUGUAUUUGGAUGCAAAUCAGCUGUUGGAAAUACCCCGGGGUCUUCCUGCUACAUUAAGCCUGCUGAGCCUGGAAGCAAACAGUAUCUUUUCAAUCCAAAAAGCCAAUUUUUCAGAGCUUGGUAACAUAGAAGUAUUGUACCUGGGACAGAACUGUUACUACCGUAACCCAUGCAAUGUUUCCUUUGAAAUUGAAAAAACAGCUUUUCUGGAGCUGAAAAGAUUAACGAUACUAUCCCUGAAGUCAAACAACUUAACUCAUAUUCCACCCUAUUUGUCAUCUACUUUAAAGGAAUUGUAUAUUUACAAUAACAUGAUUCAAGUGAUUCAUGAACAUGAUUUAAGUGCCCUUCACAACCUAGAAAUUCUUGAUCUAAGUGGUAAUUGCCCACGUUGCUACAAUGCUCCAUAUCCUUGUACUCCCUGCCCCAAGACCUCAAUUGAGAUACAUUCCAGGGCUUUUUAUUCCUUGAAGAACUUAAGAAUUCUGCGACUUCACAGUAAUUCUCGUCGGAAAGUGGAAGAGGUGUUAGCCCAGGUCCAGCCACGGCUGGGGCCUGAGGACAUGCUGAAGUGA